CAAAAAUCUUCUCCAUAAACCGGUCCUCUCCCUCUCCCCCUCUCUCUCUUCUCUCUCUUUGUUCUUCUCGCCGGAUAACCCCUCUCUCGAAUCUUUGGUCGGGCUGUUUGGGGGGAAAAAAAAAUAACUGGAAAAGGAGAGGAUCUGAAGUGGCGUUAGCCUUGAAGCUCUGAUACCAUAUCAUAAAAUAAAGAGAAUGACAGAAACAGAGAAGGAAGAGGAAGAAGGGAAGAACACAGAUAACUUUAAGGACUACAUUGUUGCUGAUUACACUUCUUAUUCUGAUUACAAAUACAUUAAUAUAUAGGCUAUAACAAAGGUUAAAGACCAGAGCACAAAAACAUAAACUAAAAGAGAAAUACAAAUGGGUAUGGUCUUUUGAGCAAGGAGUGGUUAGGAAUGGGUUGCUGCAGUAUGAAAAUGGCUGAUGACUCGUUGCAGAGAGAUGGUGCUUCUGAUCUGGCGUGAUGCAGUGGUGAAGAGAUCUUGAAGUGGUGAAGUUUCUUGCUGCAGAGGUUUAUCCUCUAAUACCCUUCGCCUUUCAAUCUCAACCACUGGCGGCAAACCCAAAGGCUUGUUCGAAAGGAGUGUGAGACAGUGAUGGCGACGGAGGAGGAAGCGACUUCGUUAGUGCGUAACCUAGGGAUUCUGGACACUCUCAGUGACGAUUCGAUCUAAGAGAUCGUCGGGAGCUACAAUGGCUUCUGUGCGGCCACCGAGGCCCUCCUCAACGGUACCGGAGACCUCUCUGUGGACCCCGAAUUCGACGAUCACGUCCAUGGCCUCUGCAAGCACGGCCUUCGCUCUCUCGUCCGAGACCACUUUCUUCGAGCACUAGAGGAAACUUUUGAGAAAAACGGAGCGUCAAAAUUUUGGCGGCAUUUUUAUGCUUACAGUAAUGUCGCACUCCUAUGUAAAACACGCGAGGGUGAAGUGGAGCAGGUAUUGUGCAAAGCUAUGGAAGACAUAUGCUUGGAAAAGCUAUACCAGGAGAACUGUUUGUUGGCGUUGGUUCGAGAGAGCCCGUCUCUUCUCUACGUACCAAUUACUCGUGUCUUCGGUGCUUAUGGCGACCCUUCCUUGGCAUUUUUCAGAGAUACUCCACUGGUAUUUUAAGGGAAGGUUGGAGGAGUUAAGUACAAUCAUGGCUGGAGAGCUUAAUGGUGACAGUGAAUCUCAAGAAAAAGAUGACAUGGAUUUAGAUGAAAAAAGCAAACUUGCCUACCGAACUGGAGAAAUGGAUAUUGAUGAAUGCUAUCACCAAGUCAGGUUCUCAGAGAACAAUAAAUUGGUAAAGAACAUUGGGAAGGUUGUUCGUGAUCUCAGAAAUCUUGGAUUUACGUCUGUGACUGAAGAUGCCUAUGCUUCUGUUAUCUUUCUGCUUCUAAAGGCUAAAGUACAUAAUCUGGCUGGUGAUGAUUACAGGAGUUCUGUUCUGGAGUCCAUUAAACGAUGGAUACAGGCUGUACCUCUCCAGUUCUUGCGUGCACUUCUUGCUUAUCUUGGUGACUCUGUUAGUUAUGAUAGUCCUUCAUCUGGUCAAAAAUCUCCUUUGGCUUCACAUCCUUCUUCAUGCUGUCCUGGAAUUGAUACACCCUCUGAAGGACUUGUUAGAUGGCAGCUGCGGCUAGAGUAUUUUGCUUAUGAGACAUUGCAAGAUUUGAGAAUAGCCAAAUUAUUUGAGAUCAUUGUGGAUUAUCCUGACAGCUCUCCGGCUAUUGAAGAUUUAAAACAAUGUCUUGAAUAUACAGUACAACAUUCUAAGCUGGUUGAAUCAUUUAUCUCAGCGCUACCAUAUCGUUUGCUUACUGCUGGUGCCUCAACUAAUGAUAUAUUGCAUCAAUAUGUCUCAACUAUCAAAGCACUACGAACAAUAGACCCAGCAGGUGUUUUUCAUGAAGCAGUUGGUGAACCAAUAAGAGACUACUUAAGGGGAAGGAAAGAUACAAUAAAAUGUAUUGUUACAAUGCUUACUGGCGGGACUGGUGGGACUGGUGGAAAUCCAAAUACAUCUGGAAAUACUGGAGAUUGCCUUCUUGAAGAAUUAAAUAGAGAUGAAGAAAGUCAAGAGAAUACUAAGGACUAAGGACAAUAAUCAAAAGCUAAACUCAAGAAGGUCAAGCAGAAUUAUUUGUGCCCAAAAAAAGAAAAAGAAAAGGAGAGAGUAGGACUUUCUCUCUUCACUCAGCAAAUGGCUGGCCUUAACCUCUAGCAUUGACUUGUUGUUAUGUAACCUUCCAGAUUUUGACAUUUUUUGCUGUGGCUGAUCACAACUUUGUCAAAUAGUAGUUUUUGAAAUAGACUUCCCAAGAAGGGGGAAAAAAGCACUAAAAAUGUGAAUGCUUGGAGAUAAAAGAUUUUAGAUUUGUUGCUUUUGGGAAAAUUUAGUAAGCAUCUCAGUUUUGGCAAGCCUUGGACAAUGAUUUGGUCAAGUAUCAGGAUUAAACCGAAGAUGUAAAUGUAUUUAUGCAUCUUGAUGAACUUUGUCAAGUGUCAUAUUGUUCCAUGUAUAACUCUAAAUGGCAUUUUCUUGGAGAAAUUUAUCAUGGGGAUGCUCACAAAUUUUGGAAGCAUGGCAUUAGAUCGAAUGCAUAAUACUCUCAAGAUGUUUUGUGUAGCUGAUCCCCCUUAUGAUAAAUCACUCCAAUAGCUUCAGAGCUUCUAAUCUGGUCUAGUAUCUGAAGAUAAGAGAUGGAAUGUACUUUCUAAAGAAAUAAUGAGUUGAUAGAAUUUCAACUCAUCCUCUGAAUCAUUAAGCAAUAGCACUGGUGAGACUUUUUGCAGAUUUAAAUGAAACAACAGUUGGAAAUAAUGCUUUCCUGUUCUCUUCAUUGCAUGAGGUAUCGCAGAAUUGAUGCCCAGAUACUCUUCCCGCAUUUUGGGAAUGUCUACAGGCAGCUUUGCCAAAAUUGCAGGGAGUUUUUUCAUUCUGUAUAUAGCCUUGAGAAAUGGUCGAUCUUUGUGGCAGGAGUGUCGCAAUCAUCCUGUUUGUUGAUUCUAGUUGGAGUAUCUUUUGGGAUGUUUUCCAGUGGAUUUGUGGAGAGCGACUUUGGCCAUACUUGAGAAAAUCACUCUUCAGCUCUACAUGGAAAAUAGCAUUCUGGUUUAUGCAUGCUCAUGGAUGUGGGGUUCUGGACAGCGUUUAAAAUUGCAGGAAGUCAGAAGAUCCUAAAGAGUGGUACUUAACAUGUUCCUGUGAUGAUUAAUUACUAAAUUUAUGAUGAUUUGUACUUUUGAUAGUUUAAAUACAUCAGAAAUGCUGCGUACACUCUUACAUGGUAAUAGUGAAUUUUAAGAUGCCCCCAA